ACAACAAAUCAAUCCGAGCAACUUGUUCGCAUUGGGCAUCCUUCUCUUUCCAGCUUUGAUAAAGAGAAUAUACAAUACAAUGCGCGUCCAGAACCUAGUGGCCGGUCUUUUGACCACGCUGAUUCCAUCCGCUUCGGCGACAGCGUUGACAUACAAGCUCGAUGCUAACGAGAAAGCGUGCUUUUAUGCUGAUGUGACACAGAAGGAUGUCAAGGUUGCUUUUUACUUUGCUGUACAAUCGGGCGGCUCCUUCGAUAUCGAUUAUCAAGUCGCCGGACCCCUUGACAAAGUGAUUCUGGGAGGAACCAAGGAACGACAGGGCGAUUACGUUUUUACUGCGCAGAGUAUUGGUGAAUAUAGCUUCUGCUUCAGCAAUGAAAUGUCAACCUUUGCGGAGAAGUUGGUCGAUUUUGAGAUUGCGGUCGAAAACGAACAAAAAGCCGAACUACCAUCACGACAAGGCGCCAGUCCCGAACAAGCCGACGCUGUCGAAGAAUCCAUCACAAAGAUCUCCCAUCUCCUAUCGACCAUCUCGCGAAAUCAGAAAUACUUCCGAACGCGUGAAAACCGCAACUUUAGCACCGUGCGCAGCACCGAGAGACGUAUUUUUAACUUUAGCGUUAUUGAGAGUUUGAUGAUGGUUUCUAUGGCUGGGUUGCAGGUGUUUAUCGUGCGGUUCUUUUUCCAGGGAGCUAGGAAAGGUUAUGUAUGAUCAUGAGAUUGCGAUAUAUGUUAUAUACUCGACAUUAGUGAGAAAUGUGCUUGGUUUAACGAAACUUCCUGGCGUGUACUGUUUGAUAUUUGCGGGAUUGCGAGGAGCAUUGGUUCUUAUGCACUAGUGGAAAGGAUUGGUACUAAAUGCAUGAAUACAUGGAUACAUCACUUU